GUCUCUUGUGUUCUGUUGUGAUUCUGGAAUCCUGUGUUUCUCCUUAGGAAGGAAGCCCCACCAAGGUCCAUGAAACAUGUUCCUUGAGUUGGUAUAUUGAAGAUCCAGGAGUGAGAGCAUAGCUAGGCAUGGUUCAGAGGAGUCAGGAGAAGGUGCUCCAUUGAUUCACAUCCAAUGUACUACCAUCACACCCUGGAGAGGCCACUACAAUAAGCAUUGCCUGUCAUACUCAUCAGCCAACCCACUAGAAAUUCAAUUAAGCUGCAGCGAUAAGGGUGCAGUAGGAAGCAGGUCAUCUGGGGAAGGAGGACUGUUGCCCCCCCCAUCUCUUCUAUCCGGUUACAACAAGACCAGCAACUUCUAGCUGUAUUACGGGUGACCUUUCCACACCAAGAUCUGAUAAUGCUAAUUGCUGUAGUACACUCUUUCGUUGGACAGAGGACCACACAAGCCAAGAGAAGAGAUUCCACCCAUCAUGGCCAAAUCUGUAUCCAUUGUGGAUUUAAAAGAGGAUGCUCUGUGUCCCAUUUGUAGGCAGCUUCUGACCGACCCCGUGCUCAUGGAAUGUGGUCACAAUUUCUGUCGGCUCUGCAUUUCUGACUACUACGUGGCGUGGAAAGAGCAAAGCAGGCUUUUGAAAUGUCCCGUCUGCGGAGCACCGAUCCAGGAAGGGAGGCUUCGGCCAAACCAGCAGCUGGCAAGCAUCGUGGAUAAACUCAAACAAAUGCCAUCAUUAGAAGAAGAGAAGGACCUAUUUUGUCCAAAACACAAGGAAAAACUCAACCUGUUCUGUGAGAAUGACGAGGAGCUGCUGUGUGUGAUUUGUGAGCGAUCUCCAGAACAUAAAUCACACAAAGUGGUGCUGGCAGAAGAAGCAGUCAAAGGAUACAAGGACAAGCUGUAUCGCCGUCUAAGGGCUUUGAAGGAGAAGAGAUCAAAAACAGAGAUGAGUCCAGCAGAUGCAGAAAAGGAAACCCUAGACCUGCUUAAAAGAUUACAAACAGAAAAGGAAAAGGCAGUGGCCGACUUCAAAAAAUUACAUGCCUUCCUGGAAGAACAGGAGAGUUAUUUGCUGGACCAGAUAAAACAGCUGCAGAAAGAGAUUGCCAAGAAAAGGAAAACCCACCUGACUAAACUCGUAGAGGAAGUCACCUCUUUGAAAAAUAUAAUUCAGGAGAUCGAGGAGAGUUGCGAGCAGCCAGCGGUUGAAUUCCUGGUGGAUUACAAAACCAACUUAGAGAAGUGUGACAAGGCCGCUGAGGACUCAGAUAGUUUUCCUCUUGAGCUGAGGUGGAGAGUCUGUGAUAUCGUUGAUAUAAAUCUCUUUUUGGAGAACAUUGCAGAACAAUAUGAAGAAACUCUGGUAUCGGGACUUCCAAUACAGAAAGCAGAGGUAACUUUCGACCAAACGACCGCUCACCCUCAACUCAUCCUGUCUGAGGACCGCAAAAUGGCACGCAUGGGCGAGUUUUAUCGACAUCUGACCAAAAAUCCCGAAAGAUUCGAUGAGUGGCCAUUUGUGCUGGGACGCGAAGGAUUUGCCUCAGGCCGGCACUACUGGGAAGUGACAGUUGGAAGCGAAGACGCUUGGGGGCUGGGGGUUGCCAAAAAGUCCGUGAAGAGGCACGGGGAUGUGGACUUCAGUCCUGAGGAGGGGUUCUGGGCUGUGGGGAAAUGGGAAGGUAACUACACGGCCUACAACCCGCCUUAUUUCACUCUUUUGACUUUGCACGGAGAGCUCAAGAGGAUCCGGGUGUCCCUGAACGUUGACGGGGGUUGGGUGACCUUUUUUGAUGCUGACACGGCCGCCCCGCUCUUCGCCUACUCCGUAGGCACCUUCUCUGGAGAGACACUCUUCCCUUUCUUUUACUUGUUUGGAAAAGCCCGCCUCGCUCUUGACCCUUGAAGCAAGCACCUUUACUUUCUCAUCUUUGCUAAGGUUACUUAUCAGGCCAGGUUGACAAAUAACACUAAUAUGGGGAGUUUGGGUGGCAAUGAAUCCCUACAAGAGCCCUUUUUCUAACUGUACAAAGAUCUCCUGGGGCUUCGAGUUAAAAACAACAACUUGCUAAAGGAAAUGAAAAAUGUCUUUUCUUAUCUGAUGUCCAUAUGUAACGUUGUGAUGUCCUCACAAUAAAAACUAUCAUGCAUUUCUUUGAUGUAGUAUUGGUCACAGAAAUGACUAAAUACUUGGGUCCCCACAUGUUCUUGGACUACAACUCCCAGAAACUAGCUGGAGGCGCAGGCUUUGGGAGUUUUAAGUCCAAGAAUAUCUGAGGACCCAAGGUUGGGAACCACUGGUCAUAAGGGACGAAAAGAAAAAUUCAAAAACGGGUGUCACAGCAAUUUCAUUCAACUUCUGUGACACUCAGCUGGGUUUCUCCAUUUCCACUUGCUACGCCAACUGUCUGCUGUCUUCUAUAGCGUUCCAGCUCCAGGAAGAGCAUAUGUGGUAAUCACUGACCCUUCCUCAGGUUCCCUGUCCGCAAGUUGUUUGAAGCCUUUGCGUCUGCGUAUCUGGAUGCCUUAGCCACAUAGGGCGAUGUGACAGGAAACCAAUAAACUACUUUGGCAUCCUCCCUGUCUAGGUUGUUGUUGUCUA